AUGGAGGGUGAUAAUAAUGUGGACAUGGGUGGUGCAAGUGGAGCUCCAGUGAGUUCAAGGUGGAAUCCAACAAAGGAGCAGAUAAGCAUGUUGGAGAGCUUGUAUAGGCAAGGGAUAAGGACCCCAAGUGCUGAGCAAAUACAACAGAUCACAAGCAGGUUAAGGGUUUAUGGUCACAUUGAGGGAAAGAAUGUUUUUUACUGGUUUCAGAAUCACAAGGCAAGGCAGAGGCAGAAACAGAAGCAAGAAAGCAUGGCUUAUAUCAAUCGCUAUUUUCAUACCACUCCGCCACUCUUCCCUCCUCCUUGCCCAAAUGUUCUCGGCGGCCCAUAUUACCUGCCACAUAACGAUGUAGGGUUCUAUCCACAAUACCAACAUUCCAAGGUGCUUUUACCAAGUGGUAUCAGGGGGAGACCAAGGACAGAAAAAUUGGAGAAGCCAAGAGCCUUGGAUGGCGCAGCAUAUAACUCAGCCCACCAGGGAUAUGGUAUGGCUACGCAUAUAGGAAACAUUACCUGGGAUAUCACCAACAAUUACAGCCACUAUGGUCAAGAAACAUUGCCUCUUUUUCCUUUGCAUCCAACAGGAAUUUUACAAGGAAAAACAGGAAAGUCAUCCAUUGGUUCAUCUGCUGAGAACUCCACUACUACUACUCCUAGCUCUUCUGAGAUUGAAGAAGGUUCUGGGAACCAACCCUUCUUUGAUUUUUUCUCUGGACAAGGUUCCUGUGAAAGUGACUGAAUAAAUGUUGUUUUCUGAAUUAUAGCACUAACAUGUAGCCAAGGUAAUAAUUGGGAUUUGAUGAAGUAGGUUAUGUUGCUGGGGUGUGAAUGUAGGUCUCCUUGGUAUUUGGUGAAAGAAAUGGCUGUAGUCAGGGUCACUUCUGAUGUAUAUGUUUUCAUGGUCGGAUGGCCCUGUUUUGUUUUUUUAACUUCUUUCUCUACUCGAUCGUUGCAUUAUGGAAGAAGCUUAUUUUUUUAGUCAAAUUU